UUUAUCCGAUAGAUGUGCUAGUGUCGCUAGAGGGAAAUAAUUUUUGAUUCAAACUACUUGGCUGAAUUUUUCAGUUGUGGUGACAGAUUAUAUGAUAAUUUAACAAAUUUUGCAUUUCUUAUACAAAUAAUAGUGAAUUAUUGUAGCCUCCGUGGGUGGGGUUCACUGACCGAAUGGAAGAAGAGACUCCCAAAAAUUCACGCCAGAUACCCGUCUUCGAAUUACCGAAGAUCCAGACCUACCAAAAAUCGAUAUGAGUGAACGUCUGUUUAGUAUUGAAGAUGCCUAUGAUGAUGUAGAGUCAGAAGAAAAAUUGGGAGUUAUCGACAUUAUCGAACAAUUCAUAGAUGAAAAAGGAGUUUAUGAAAGAAAAGAAUAUUUAGUCAAGAAUGAAGCAAGUAACACCAGAAGCUCAGUUGCAGAGGUCGAUGAAAAUUUAUCAUUUGCCUCUUUUAACGAAGAAAUUCCCCGUGAUUUAGAUACACAGAGGAAUAACUCCGAACAGCCCCAUCUGGAGCAGAAUAAAUGUCACGAAAGUCAGAUGGGUAACUUUGUAGAAUCGGCUCAUUCGAAAGUUGUUGAACAUAAGUGUGAUCAAUGCAAUUAUUCCACAAGUAGAAAAUCAGACCUGAACGCCCAUGUUAAUUAUAUUCAUUCAAAUAUCCGGAGUUAUAAGUGUCACUUGUGUGACUAUGUCACGAAGAGAAAAGGACAUCUUAACAUGCAUGUAAGAGCCGUUCAUUCAGAAAUCAAGGGUUACAAGUGUCAUCUGUGUGAGUAUAGUGCGAGUGUGAAACAAAGUCUUCAGAAGCAUGUCGACACUGUUCAUAUAAAUAUCAAGAAACACAAAUGUCACUUGUGUGAAUAUGCCACUGCUCUAAAAAAAAACCUGAGCAGACAUAUAAGUUCUGUUCAUUUAAAAGUCAAGAAACACAAAUGUCACUUAUGUCACCUAUGUGAAUAUUCUGCUAAUGCAAAAAAUAAACUUGAAGUACAUAUAAAUUCUGUUCAUUUAAAUAUAAAAAAAUAUAAAUGUCAUAUAUGUGAAUACGUUGCAAGUCAAAAAGUUCACCUUAGCACACAUAUAAAGGCGGUUCAUUUGAAAAUUAAGGAUCAUAAAUGCCACUUGUGCGAUUAUGCUGCUAGUGAAAAAUAUUAUUUGGAAUUACAUAUAAAGUCGGUUCAUUUAAAUGUGAAGAAACACAAAUGUCACUUGUGUGAAUAUGCCACUACUGCAAAAACAAACCUUAACACACAUAUAAAUUCUGUUCAUUUAAAAGUCAAGAAACACAAAUGUCACUUAUGUGAAUAUGCCACUGCUGUAAGAAGAAGCCUUGAAGUACAUAUAGAGUCGAUUCAUUUGAAUAUUAAGAAACACAAAUGUCACCUAUGUGAAUAUGCCACUGCUGUAAGAAGAAGCCUUGGAGUACAUAUAGAGACGAUUCAUUUGAAUAUUAAGAAACACAAAUGUCACCUAUGUGAAUAUGCUGGCAGUUAUAAACAUAUACUUAACCGUCAUAUAAAGAGGAUUCAUUUAUAAGUGAAGAAUCACAAAUGUCACCUAUGCGAAUAUGCUGCUAGUAUACAAAGAUAUUACAAUAUCUUUGCUAGUAUACAACAUACUCUUGCGAACACGUGAAAUCUGUUCAUUCGAAAAUUGUGGAACUCAAGUGUCAUCUAUGUGAAUACGCUACAAAUAGAAAAGACAGCCUGAAAAGGCAUUUUGACACUAUUCACUCGAUAAUUGAGAAUAACAAGAUUUUGUGAUGAAAUACUUAUUUUGAUCAAAAUAUGUAAAGUAAUGUAAACUGUCUAAACAAUCUUAGCCAUUAUUGUUGACAUUGGUUGUGACUAAUUUUUGUGUGAAAUGUAAAUUUUGAGAUUUAGUUUUGAAAUGAACACUUUAUAAAUAAAUUAUGAUAAACAUUUA